AGCAGUGAGAAUGUUCCGGCUAAGUAUAGUUCUUUUGAUAUUCUGCCUUUUCUCAGUCAAUGGGGACUAUUACUCGGCCAUAAGUGAGCUGGAGAGACUUCUUGACGUGGAGGCCUUUAUAGUGGAAAAGUUCGAUGAUUAUCUAGAAAGGGCUCAGCGAGAACAUGAUGAAAUCAAAAGAUUUUUGGAUCAAGUAGAGCAUCUGCAAACUGAUCGCAGUGAUCUGGAGGAAUACUUUGGCAACCUCAAUGCAUUCAUUACCAUCAGACGCCUCGUUCACGACUGGAAGUUCAAUGUAUUUGAUCCUGUUUUCGCCACAACCAACAUUGACACCUACAAGAGUUCUCUUACUGAUUCCCUCGAUAAAAUCCAGUUCAAAGGACCCACUCAAGAUGAUCUGCAAGGGGCCACCCGGGCUCUUCUUCGUCUGCAGAAUAUCUACAAUCUUCAUACAGACCACUUGGCCAACGGAGUCCUCCUUCCAGGAGAGACCAACCAGCUGGGUACACCAUUGAGUGCCAGUGACUGUUAUGAGUUGGGAAAGAAUCUCUGUCAGUCCAAGGAGUACACCUAUGGCUCCGAGUGGCUACUGGAGGCUAGAAAACGAUUGCAUGGUCAACCCUCCCCUUAUCUGGCCUACGUCCAUGAAGUUCUCAGGGAUAGUGAAAUGGAAAUGAUCAUGGAGAAGGGCAAGGGUCAUAUGGAGCGUUCGAAAGUGGGUCAGUCCGAGAACUCUACCACCACUGAGAUCCGCACCAGCCAAAACACCUGGCUCUGGUACGAAACGAAUCCUUGGCUUUCCAAAAUCAAACAGCGACUGGAGGAUGUCACCGGAUUGAGCACUGAAAGUGCAGAGCCACUUCAGCUGGUCAACUACGGAAUCGGUGGGCAGUAUGAGCCGCACUUUGACUUCAUGGAUGACGAUGGGCAUUCUGUCUUUGGCUGGAAGGGUAACCGUCUGCUGACCGCUCUUUUCUAUCUCAACGACGUCGCUCUGGGAGGUGCCACUGCCUUUCCCUUCCUCCGCUUGGCUGUUCCCCCGGUAAAAGGCAGUCUCCUAAUCUGGUACAAUCUGCAGAGUUCCAUGCACAAGGACUUCCGAACAAAGCAUGCUGGUUGCCCGGUGCUCAAGGGUUCCAAGUGGAUAUGCAAUGAGUGGUUCCACGUGGGUGCCCAGGAAUUCAGGCGACCUUGCGGCCUUGUCAGCGAUGAGGGAAAGUUCCUAGACUUGGAGCACAAAUGAUAGAUAUAAGGCAUGAAUUUCAAAAUAAAUCUCUUAAAAUUA